GAAAAAGCCAGCACACUUGUGCCUCUUCAAAGCUGGAACAGAAAAACCACCUUCUUGUAAUUGAUGCUUCAGCCUUUGCUGUGUUUUCACAAGAGAUCAAGCUGCCAAAAAAAAGCUAAACCUACUGGGAGACCAAUGCAAGGACAUUUAAAGAGGAGAAAAAUGGAUAACAGCUCCAAGUCAGUUUCUUUUCUUUUAUGGCAUAUUUAACAGCACAGGUGUACUUACAUUUAGUGGAAAUUCGUUGGGAGGGUUUAUGAACACAAUUAAAAUAAUGCCUUAAUCUCCUGCUGUCUGCGUUGAAAAGAAUUACCAGCACAGCAAGAGACCCUGAAGGUGUCUGUAAGAGUUUCCAGUCACAAUGACACAAUCCGAGGCAGUGCACAUUCCAAAGGACUACAGGAUUGAAAGCUGUGGUUAUCUGGCAGGUGAUUUUCUUCAUCUUCUCUCUCAAGACUUUGAAUAUUUCAGAACGUCAAAAUGAACCUGAGGUACAACAGCACAGAACACACCUUUUUAACCAGCAACUCCCCCACAAUGAGAGGCUUCCAAGAUGCAGAAAUUCUUCAAGACAGCAGAUGGCACGAGCACAUUAAUAGUGUGGAGAAUGAUUCAUUUAAUAGUGGGAACCCAAAUCUGACAUCCUUAUAUAACGCCACUCAAACCCCUCCAACAACCGAUCCCCUCGGGGGACAUACCGUCUGGCAGGUUAUCCUCAUAGUCUUCUUUACCGGCCUUUUAUCGUUGGUGACUAUCAUUGGUAACAUCCUGGUUUUGGUAGCUUUCAAGGUGAACAAGCAGCUAAAGACGGUCAAUAAUUAUUUUCUGCUUAGUCUUGCAUUUGCAGAUUUGAUCAUUGGCAUAAUUUCGAUGAACCUCUACACCACAUAUAUUAUAAUGGAUCAGUGGGCUCUGGGCAACUGGGCGUGCGAUUUGUGGCUUGCCAUUGACUAUGUUGCCAGCAAUGCAUCAGUCAUGAACCUUUUAGUCAUCAGCUUUGAUAGGUACUUUUCAGUGACCAGACCACUCACCUACAGAGCUAAAAGAACAACCAAAAGGGCUGGCAUAAUGAUUGGCCUGGCAUGGUCCAUUUCUUUCGUUUUGUGGGCGCCAGCCAUCUUGUUCUGGCAGUACUUUGUGGGAGAACGCACUGUGCCAUCUGAUAAGUGCUACAUCCAGUUUCUCUCGGAGCCCAUCAUCACCUUUUGCACCGCGAUUGCUGCCUUUUACCUCCCUGUGACCAUAAUGACUGUGUUGUACUGGCGGAUUUACAAGGAAACAGAGAAGCGCACUAAAGAACUGGCGGGGCUCCAGGCGUCUGGCAGAGAAGCCGAGACCACACACUUUGUCCACCAGACAGGUAGCUCCCGAAGCUGUGGCAGUUAUGAAUUAACGCAACCAUCUCUGAAGAGGUCUGCUAGAAGAAAACAAGGUCGUUUUAAUUUCUGGCCAAUAAUGAUGUCCUGGAAGCACAGCAGUGAAGGUGAACAGGACCACAGCAGCAGUGACAGCUGGAAUAACAAUGAUGCAGCUGCUUCUCUGGAUCAGUCAGGCUCUUCAGAUGAAGAAGAAAUACCUGAAACCCGAGCCAUUUACUCCAUUGUUCUGAACCUACCUGGUAUUAAGGCAGCUGUCAACUCCCAGCUUACUUCCCCUGAUGAUCUAGAGGUGUCUGAGGAGGACCCUCUUGGAGUGGAUCGAAAGGAAGGCCUUUCCAGGAAAGAGAAGGAGGAAAAGGCAGACAACAAUUACCACCAGCAUUUCUCCAAGAUGCCAGUGCAGUCGAUGCCCUCCAUACAAACGCCUAAGACAGAAGAGACAGUCUCUUCCGCCACCAAGUCUUCAUCCAUGCCCAUAUCCUUCAAGGACGCCGCAAUGGCCAAACGCUUUGCUUCAAAAGCACGAACACAGAUCACAAAACGGAAACGGAUGUCACUUGUCAAAGAGAAGAAGGCUGCACAGACUCUCAGUGCAAUCCUGUUCGCUUUUAUCAUAACGUGGACACCAUACAAUAUCAUGGUGCUAGUGAACACGUUUUGUGACAACUGCAUCCCGGAAACACUGUGGGCUUUGGGAUACUGGUUAUGCUAUGUAAACAGCACAGUAAAUCCCAUGUGCUAUGCCCUGUGCAAUAAAACUUUCCGAACCACUUUUAAAAUGAUACUUCUGUGCCAGUGGGACAAAAGAAAACGGCGCAAACAGCAAUUUCAGCAAAGACAAUCUGUUAUUUUCCAUAAAGGAAUUCCACGGGACCCUUCAUAACAUAGACUCCUGUUCCAUGUGGUGUGGAUAUCCACAAGUAGAUAAGGGUUUUGACUUGCAUUUCCCAUCAACACAAAACCCGGGUGUCUGCUGAACAGUUUUAUCUUUUGUUCAUCUAUCACUUAAUUCUUAUUGGUGUCUUAAAAGAUGACUGAUGUUUACUGAUAUAACAUACAGUAUAUCAAUGGGGCACUAAUGUACAAAGGGCUUUAAAAAUGUGAAAUUACAAAAGUGCCAUUGUUUCUUCAUCCCAUAGUAAUAAGAGUGACAUAGACCAUUGCUCACUGUUAGUCUUAUCAAGACCUAUACACAUCUGUAUGAAUCUCUGUACACAUCUGUUUGUGAAACAUGACCUACCUGUAAGUGUUUUCUUUUCUAGUUGGCAAACACAUUACAGUUGGGACUAUAACCUUUGAAUAUUGUAUAGCUCUUUCUCAUUUUCUAAAAAAAAUAAUAUUUUUUUCCAAGUGUCUGUUUUUUUAUUAGUGAGUUUUAAACUACAGAAACAGAUCAAAUAUUGAGCCAACUAGUUAUUUUGUAAUUUUUGGUUUAGACAUUUUUCCUUUUAAUUUUAAAGCUGUGUUCUAAUUGUUUGCGAAUAUUGUCAUUCUGGUUGUCUCUCAUGUGACUUCCAGUGAUCCAGUGUUGUGAACACAGAGCUGUUGUAAAAGCUGCUUAUGUAUUCAGUGUGGGAUGGUGUUUACAUGGUUUAGACAACUGUGCAAGUAUUUUAAAUGGUGUCUGUGUACCUGAAAUGUACAAUUUUAUGUUUAUAUAUAUAAAAAAUAUUUAUACAUCUUUACAAAAUGUUUAUUUAAAGAAUACAAAUUUUUCACUCUGAAUAGAUUCACAUAGCAACACCUUUUUCAACAUGCCUAGCAUGUCAUAUGAGUCAGUCUGCAAUUAUAUAUAUAAAUUAUUUAAAUUUUCUUUUUCUUUCACUGUUUGGAAAAGAUUAUUAAAAUAUGAAUGUGUUGGUAUGGUAUAUAAUAAUGAAACCACAUUGCAGUCAUUGUGUUCCAGUGCAUCCAAACCUACAGUAACUAACUUUUUUACUAAUACUGAAAAGGUUUGUAUUCUCAGAUCUCAGAACAUUGUACUCAGUCGUACUUGUAAUGUGAUGUAAAGGCAGUCUGGUGGUGACCCUCCGUGGAAACGAAUGGGCGUGAAUUCUGAAAACUGUUGUAACUCAUGGUGUGGCUGGGAAACAGUGGUUUACAGAUGUGAUCAGCACCUUAGAUUCAUAACAUUUGAUGGAAAACAAAAGCACAUUUUCAGUCCUUUCAGAAAUGUGAAUAAAUGAAUUACAUAUCUGAAUAUCCAUUGUUCUGAAUAUUUUCUUCCAAAACCUUCACUGCACAAGACCCAAGCCAUGUACAGUAUGUGUUUUAAGAUCUUGUGUUAAACAAACUUUUAAAAAUAUAAAAUGCCAUGUGAUUGUGGCAGGAACAAUAGACUGUAUGCCAAGGACAAAAAUGAAUGCUUAACUGCUCUGUGGAAUAUCACCUUCACCUGCUUUUACGCAUAUAUUUAUUUUGACAACAGCGUUUCCAAAAGGAUUUUGAACAAAGGUAAUGUUAAUAUACCCUAGGUGGGUAAGUUCUUGAUUUAUUUCACUUUGAGAAACAUCAGAUGAAGAAAGUGAUGAGAGCUGGAAUUGUCUUGGCUUGGUUGAUAUUAUUUUAUGUGUAAAGGCAGUUAUCUUUGAAAGAUUUGUCAGAUUGGAUUUUCCACCUUCAUUUUCUUGUGAACCAUUAUUGUUUUAUCACAGCACAUUUUAACAGCACUUUCAUUUUGUAUAUAGUUAGCAAUAGAAUUUACCCUGCAAUUGCAUCCUUUGUAAAAUAAUUGAACUGACAUUUUAUUUAAUUUCUACAAUGCUAAUUAAUUACAGAUAGCAACAGUGGUAAUUUUUUACACAAUCUAUAAAUAGUCAUGUCCAUUUUAAUAAAUGCAUUUAUUGCAUCAGGAAGAACUGAUUGUCUGGAAGAGUGUUUUCUUCACUGUGCAUUGAAAGUUUGCAUUUGAUCUACCAAGAAACUUACUUUCCUGAACAAAUGUUAAAACAUAUCAUACCAAAAACAUCAAAUAUAUUUAGCUUCUGUGCAGUUAAAAAUUAAUUUAAUUUAAUUUUAUUACAAAAUGAACAGCAACUCUUUACAAAACGUCCUUGGAUAGGAGAGACAUUUCAGCUUUAUACAACCACUCGACCUAAUCAGUCCGAUCCUCUUCUGAAAUAUAUUGUAUUUUGAUAUUCAGACAACACAAUAGAAUUAAGCAACUUUAUAAUGGCAAACGACAUAGUAUUAUAGAGUCCAUUCAUCUAUUUUCUAACCGCUUCUUGCCAUUCAGGGUUGCAGGGGAGCUGACACCUACCCUGGCGAACAACAGGUAUAAGACAGGGUACACUCUGGACAGGUGCUGUACCAGUCUAUCAAAGGGCACACACACGCACCAGGGCCAGUUUUCCCAAAAGCCAAUUAUCCCACCAGUAUUUCCUUUGAGUGUUGGACGAGCCCAGAGCACCUCGCGAAAACACACGCAAACAUGUGGAGAACAUACAAACACCACGCAGACAGCACGCAGGUCCUGAACUGAACCCAGGCCCCCAGCGCUGCAAGACGGGACAGUGUAUAUUAUAUUAGAUUAGCAUCGCUCGAAAGAACAGUAAUGCUGAACAUAAUGGAUGUGUGUUUUUUUACUCUGUGUGAGUAACAAAUAAAAUCACAUUUUUGAGUGAACGAUGACCCUUAAAGACCUUGCUUGUCGAUCAGGCCCUUUUACAGACAACAUACUGUAAUUCUGUAAUUUCUUUGAUUUAUCAGCUGCUUUAAUUAGAAAAUAGAUAACUUACAGUACAUUGAAGUUUAGUGUAUGAUUCAGUUUUCUUUUUUUUUUAUUUUAAAAGCCAGGAUGCAUGGGAAGGCUUGUACAGCUUUUUGUAUUAAAAUUACAUACUGUAUUACUUUUUGUAAUUGAUGCCUGACAAAUUGCAUUAUGAUGUUCUGUAGUUGUGUGCACUCUCUGCCACCUUUAUGCGGUGUCUGCCGUAAUCUCAGGCUUUACAGUGUGAUUUUGGUAGUCGAUGAUAAACUGUUUUAUGUUAUGAUAUUGAGGUUAUUGAAACUUGUGCAUAGAGGACCUUACAGGAAUGAUUUUAAAAUGGCUCAGAUUUAUUUAAAACCUACAGCAUACGGUGGGUUGCAAUCCAUAAUCCUAGGGGGCAAACAUAAAUAUAAGCACUGCUACUAUUUGAAAAACAUGUUAUCAUUAUCUGCAUAUCAGCUAAUAAACGAUUUAUUCUUUUUUUAAUUUGAAAUCACUUUUUAAUUAUACACCCACGUAAUUUGGAGUUGCAACUAUUUUUUUAAAUCUCUGAUCUCCAGCAGUGACUCAGACCACACCUGCUUAGAACAGCAGAUAUGUAGCUGAAUGAAACAUGUAGACAUGCGCCAGUACAGUAUGCCUACCUUUUAAGUCACUCGUCUGACACACUACAUGUUUGUGGUGUACCCAGCAUUUCUGCCCUCAUUGAUUCAUGCCAGCUCUGCUUGGUGAGUCCCAGUCACAGGUGGCAAAGAAAUACAGUAUGAGCCAGGGUGACCCUAGCAUCAGCUGAUUCAUAAAUUUCAAGCUGCAAGCGAAUGUUUUAGACAUUUACAACAUACAGUAUGCUAAGCUAAAGAUAGCCAACUUCAUGGCUUAUUACUCUAUCCCACUAAUAUAGUAAUCAAUUAGCUUUUUGUUUUAAAUCUUGAAAUCAUGCAUUUGGCAAAUGACACAAAUUUGAUUUUAAUUGGUGAAACAUUGAUAAUUACACAAUGAAAAAAGUGUUAUACAGUAGGCUUUACAGUAUGUCACUCAGUGAAGGGCAAUGAAUCUGAUGUGGUUUCAGUUCACCAUAAGCAUUUUCUUUACUGUUUUGCUUCACUUUAUGAACGUUUGUUUUUGCUUGUGUAUGUUUUUCGAAGGCAGCCGCUUGUUUUAAACUUUAAACAGCACAAACAUGAAAGUGUGAAGGUGAAGGGGUCAGAUGCUUUCUAAAAGUGAAAGAAGAGGAAGGGAAAUUGUGUUCAUUUGCAUUUUUAUGACAUAAAUAAUCUGAAACAUUUUGCUAGACAUGAUGGAUCACUUUAAAACAAAAACAUAUUUCUGAAACUGUGAAGGAUGUUGUACAGUGUUGCAGCUUUUCAUGUGUUUAUAUGCGUAUUUUUAAACCUACUGGGUAGUGAAGCUUGAUGUUUUUAAUUUUCUUCUUUGUGUUGUUUUUGCAGUUCAUCUGUUUAUUAAAUGCAACAAGAUUUAAAUUUC